AUGCCUGCAAACCACUCUGCGGCUAGCAGUCUCUUCUUGAAAAUCAUCAAUGUCAUUGCAUAUUUUCUGUUUUUAGGCUCCAACAUCUACACGAUUGCUGGACCUGCGGAUAUCUAUUACACGGGCAAGGAAACGUACAUCACUCCGGCACCAUGGGCGUUCCUCAUCUGGUCUCUUAUCCACCUCCUGCUUCUUGGAACUAUUAUUUAUCAAUUCUUCGACGGGGGCAAGCAAGUUAUAAUCGACGGCAUUUCCUGGCGCUUUCCUUUGCUCGUCCUGCUAAAUGCGAUUUACGUCAACCUCUGGGCUACUCACCAUUACAUCAUCGCAUUUAUCCUCGCUCUAUUCGUCAGCUCUACUGUGACUCACAUCUACUACGUUGUCAAAAAGUUUCACGAGCCACAGAGCAUUAGCGAUGAGGUCUUUGUUCACCUGCCUUUCUCCCUGUGGCAUGGAUGGGCCACUGUGCUUGUCAUCCUCACCGCGUUUGAGGCCUUCGGAGUGAACGCUAUUACUGAGCGUGCUGGCGUGUGGACGAAAGUGUUUGUCUUCUUGGGCUUGCUCUUCCUUGAAGCUACCGCAGCGGCGUAUGCUUUCUCCACCACUGAAGGUGACCUGCCGGCGAGCAUCGCCAUCUCUUGGUCCUUGUGGGCUAUCUUUGCACACCAGCACCACCCAGCCUUCGUACACUGGAGCGCUCUCGCUUUCGCCAUAAUUUCUAGUUUGUGGGUUGUGAAGGCUGUAGUGGGCGUUUUCUUGAAGAUCCAUCGCGGAGGUCGGGGAAUUUCUCUCGACGAAGAGAGGGCGCCACUCGUUGGCAGCAAUUAG